UAAGCACAUCUAUUUAGGCGCGCGAGGCAGCCCGCCCCUCUAACAAUAGGUUGACGGCUUCCACGGCGCAUAGAAAACGAGAGUCGGCGCGUCCCUUCCUGCCCGCACUGUCACUCGGAGCAGGCGACGCUGACGCCCGCCAAGCCGCCACGGCCCUUCCCACAGCCCGCCAGCGCCCUGUCAGCAGCGUGACCCAGCGAGCCGCGAGGGCCGAGGAGCGAGCGAGCGGAGGAGGAGCCUCGAGGGCGCGUAGGAGAGGAGUCCCGCCGUCCUUGGCCGCGGGAUGGUCGCCAUGGAGUCCUGGGGAUUAGUCGUUCAGGGCGCGCAGGAGUUCGGGGAUUUCGACAGCGCCGACGGAAAGAAGAAAGUCAAGACAACAAUCGACAAACUCCCUGACAAAGUGCUGCUGAACAUCUUCUCGUAUCUGCCCCACCGGGAGAUCAUCUCCAACGCCCGCGUCUGCAAGAAAUGGCGGCAGAUCGCUUACGACACCAGACUGUGGAGCUGCGUGUCCCUGCGGCCGGAGUGGCAGGGCCUUCACGUCAACAACAUCGAGGCUUUGAUGUUCCUGAUUAGCAACCGCUUCGGGGCGUCGCUGCGGUACCUGGAGGUGCCGAUGGACCUCAUCACGCACGUCGUCCUCCACGAGCUCUGCGCCAAGUGCCCCAACCUCACCAACCUCCUCCUCGACUUCUCCACCGCCAUGCAGCUCCACGACUUCAAUGACAUGCAAGCAUUCCCGACCAAACUGAGGACGAUGUGCAUCUGUCUGUCGGAAGUCAUCUUCAUGGAAGGCUUCAUGAGGAAAAUUUACAACUUCAUCAACGGUCUGGAAGUUUUGCAUCUCGUAGGCACCUACGAGAAGGCGGACGAGGAGGAGGAGGAGAUCUACGAGGUCAUCAACAUCCCGAAGCUGAAGUCGGCGACGCCCAACCUGAAGGUGGUCAACCUCUACGGCAUCAACUUCGUCGACGACUCCCACAUCGAGGCCUUCAGCUCCAACUGCAUCCAGCUGGAGUGCCUCGCCGUCAACUUCUGCGCCAAAGUGACUGGCACUUCCUUGAAGAUUCUCCUCAGCAGGUGCAAGAAGCUCAAGUGCCUCCUCAUGCAGCAGUGCAGUCUGCAGAACGAGAACGUGAUGGCUGCCGAGUGGGAGAAGUCAGCAGUGUCAGAGCUCGACGUGACAGCCACGGAUCUCUCGGCUGACUGCCUCAUUGACCUGCUGACGCGCAUCCCGGCUCUCAGGUGGCUCAGCGCCGGUCAGCUCGACGGCUUCACUGAUGCGGUCCUGAAGGCGUGGACGGAGCGGGGCAACCUGAAGGCCCUGAUCGGCUUGGACCUGGAGCUGUGCGACAACCUGACGGAGGAAGGACUCUACAAGUUCCUGGCGAGGUACGGCCAGGGGCUCCGCGGUCUCGUCCUCUCCGGCAUCCCUCAGUGCACGGAUUCCCUCUGCUCCAACGUCAUGCCGGCGCUCAAGAAUAUUCGAAUCCUGAAGCUGGGCCUGGCGGAGAACCUGGCAUACCGCAUGGCCGGCAAGAUCCACGUGGACGGCCUGCUGGAAAACCUGUCUCGCUACGGCGCCAAGAUCGAGCGCCUGGAACUCAGCUGGGACCCGGAGACGCUGCGCUACUCGGACAAGAGCCAGAAGUGCAUUGACACCCUGAGAGUGCGCUGUCUGAACCUCAAGUGUUUGGUGUUGUGCGACGGCAAAUAUUACGAGAUCGUCAAGGCCAACUUCGAGCGCGCCGACCGCACCACCGUCGUCCGAACGUCCACCAACUGCUGCGUGUCCAUCGUCUACCUCCUCACGCACUACAAGGACCUCGUCUUCAAUUAAAGGGCGUAGGAGGGGAGAGAGGAGAGAGAGAGGAAGAGAGAGAAGAAGGUCGAUGGGAUGGAGGAUGGAUGAUGAUGAAUAGAAGAAAAGAUAGAGAUGGGAUGGGAUUGAUUUUUUUUU